AUGUCCCAGCAUGGCCACUCUGCUCAGUCACCUGAGCUUUCGGAUGUGACUUUGCCAGUCGAACUCCAAUACGAGAUCAUCUCCCAACUGGACCCCGUUGCGGACCGGUCCACUUUGGUCACACUCCUGUCGGUGUCAUCGACCUUCUGGGAAGAGGCAGCACGUCUCCUGUAUCGAAAGGUGACACUCGACCAUGACCGACUCCACCGUCUCCUUGGAGUUGGCCAUGCAUCGGAGACGCAUCAACCCACAAGUUUGAGUGCCCGGACAAGACGUGCGCUAGGCUUCAUCCACAGCCUUCACAUCGUCACCCCUCUUCCUCAUCCUGAUCUUUACUUUCUUUGGGAUACCGCACUACCGAACACUCCCCUCUUCCCAGGCGUGCGCACACUAUCCCUUCGUGAUCGCCCAGACUACACUUGGUACAACAACCCGGUCCCACGGAAGCGUCCAGAAGCCGACGUGUUGCUGUUCGACAGCCCCGACGCGUGUGUCACUGGAUACCAAAGCCACCACCAGCUCUUCUACCUGCCUGUCAAGCGACUACGAUCGUUGACCUGCCACCACGUGUACGCCGACAACGUGCUCCGCGAUCUGGUCAUGGAGCAACACCCAGCGCAGUGGGAGUCGCUGCGCAUCUUCGACGACUUUAGCGGCAGGUUCAACGACACUGCCGCCCCAGACAUUGCCGCAUGGGAACGAGACAUUGCACGACGUCGACAGCCGCCCGUACAAGUUUGCUUCCAAUCUUUGGAUGCCGGCUCCAAGGCUCGGAACGCCAUGUUCAUGACCUAUGGCUGGAGAGAGAGUCCGGCUUCCUUCAUCAAGCUCGUCUUCUACCGUUCCAGCGACGAGUGCAAACCCUGCGGCGUAUGCGGUAAGUUGUGA